AUGGAGACUUGUCGUCUUGGACUUCUUCUUUGGUGCUUCUAUCUCAAACUCUUACAGGCAGCUGAAAUCUUCCAACAACAACAGCAAUCAGCUCCACUCAAAGCCAGGACACCAAAAACGAAGGAGUGGAUGCCUUCAUCUUCAUCUUUUUUGGUCUCAUCUUUCACUUGGGUGCCUACCCUUAAUUUGAAUAAGGCUGAACCUGAGGGAUCGGAGCCAGCAAUGGCCUUCCUGUACUCUGGAGAUGCCCUGAGCCUCUCACAAGCCAACUGUACCCAGAGAUUUGAAAUGAGGGCUUUAGUGAAGGACUCUCGCCCUCCACCAGCCUUACAUUCCUAUCUACGCAGUGCUACUGACACCUUGACCCAUGCAACCAAUUUCCUCAAUAUGGUCUUUCAGACUAAUGACAUUCGGGAAUCCAGUGUGAAAGAGGAUGUAGAAUGGUACCAUGCCUUGGUGAGAAGUGUUAUAGAAGGGGAUUCUCAAGUUUACCGAGCCAUAUUGACUUUUGAUGCUCAUCCUUUGUCUUCCAAGCCCCAGUUGAUACUUCAAGCCACGAAGGGGAAUAAUGAGAUCUUACUUCAAGAUCUUUCUGCCUUUUCAGAGAAUCUAAGGAAUCUAACUUGGGAAAAUGAGUGGUACAAUUUCUUUAGGUUACAACGGACUCCACCGCUUUAUAAGAGAAUUCUCAGCAAUGACCUUAAGACGCUAGACACCCCCAAAUGGAGCCAAGGGGAUAGUUAUGUGAUGGAUCAGGGCUAUAUCAAAUGGUCUCCACCUUUCCUGGAAUGUGAAGAUGGAAAAUUCUUGCCCACCUGGAUGGUUACACUCUCCUCUUCGUUCUAUGGCCUCAAACCCGACCUCAAUCCAGAAUUCAAAGGGGUCAUGAGGCUGGAUGUUAAAAUCCAAAAUGUUGAUAUAAACCAGUGUGCCACUAACGGAGGAUGGUUUGCAAACACACAUCAGUGUGAUCUCAACAGCACCCAGUGUAUCCCACAGGAAAACCAUGGAUUUAUCCUUGGAAAAUAUAGUUGUCUUUGCAAACCAGGUUACUAUGGAGGACAGAGAACUGCCGCUUCCCAUCUUUCUUCAAUCAGUAAAGGCUGGACUGGACAAAGUGCUUCCCAGUAUGGAGCAGUGAAUUCUGGGAAUUUGCUGCAAUGCCAUCCCUGUCAGGAAGGAUGCACCCCCUGUAUUGAUGGCAAACCAUGUCUGAUCCAGGAAGACUGGUCUCUACGGGCUAUUGUUCUUGCUUUCCAAGCCUUCUGUAUGCUGACAGUUUUCUUCAACAUGUUAAUUUCUUACCAUUAUAGGAAGAGCAAGAGGAUUCGGGCUUCAGGAGUUAUUCUUCUGGAGACAAUACUCUUUGGCUCACUCCUGCUCUAUUUUCCUGUCUUUAUCUUGUACUUCAAGCCAAGUAUCUUCCGCUGCAUUGUCCUGCGAUGGGUGCGCAUGCUGGGUUUUGCCAUUGUUUAUGGAACAAUCACUCUUAAACUGUAUAGGGUAUUAAAGAUCUUUCUGUCUCACGCGGCUCAGCGUGUCCCUUAUAUGACCAGUGGGCGAGUGCUAAAGAAACUGGCAUUGAUUCUCCUGUUGGUCCUUUGGUUUUUGGCUGCAUGGACAGUUGGGAUGCUGGAGAAUAUUGAGAAAAAUAUACCACUGGUAGUCCGUUCACAGACUCCUAGGGGCCUCCAGUUUUACAUCUGUGAUCAAGAUCGAUGGGAUUACAUGAUGGCUGUGGCUGAAAUGCUAUUCUUGUUUUGGGGAAGUUUUCUCUGCUAUACUUCUCGAACAAUCCCUUCUGCUUUCCAUGAACCUCGCUACAUGUGCAUUGCUGUUCACAAUGAGCUGAUAACUUCUACCGCUUUUCAUGUUAUGAGAUUUUUAAUGGUUCCUUCCCUGCAUCCUGACUGGACGCUACUACUGUUUUUCAUCCAUACUCAUGUCACUACCACAAUGACACUUGCACUUAUUUUCAUACCAAAGUUCCUGUAUGCAGGCUCACCCUUGAGAGAAGAAAUUGCUGCUGAGAUGUAUGAGGAUGAAUUGGAUAUUAGGCAUUCAGGAUCCUUCUUGAACAGCAGCAUCACCUCGGCAUGGAGUGAGCACAGCCUUGACCCCGAUGACAUUCGGGAUGAAUUGAAAAAGCUUUAUACCCAGCUACAAUUUCACAAGACCAAGAAGAUGACGGCCAACAACCCUCACCUUCAGAAGAAGAGAAGUUCAAAGAGGGGCUUAGGCCACACUUUGAUGAGACGUAUCACCGAGUUACCUGAAUCUAUGUCCCGCCAGUGUAGCAAAAAGGAAAAAAUUGGGUCUGUCAGUGGAAGAAGACAAAGUCAUUCUGGUUCCUAUAAGCAAAGAUGCUCGGAUUCCAGAAACCUGAGCAUGAAAUUGAAGGAGGGCUUAUCUCCCAAGCACAAAGUGGUCUUCCAAGCACAAGGUGGGAUUUCACUGAAGAAAUCUCAUAGUACCUAUGACCAACCGAGGGAUGUUAAGGCAAACAGUGAACUAACUAGAGAUGAUAGUUGCAAAGAAACUCCUUUGUUGGAUUCACGUAUGAGGAAAAAGCUAUCCAAGAAAGCCUCAGAGAAAUCUGACAAUGAGUCUGUUUUUUCAGCCACUCUGGUAUACAAAUCAGCUAGCGCUCAUGAUUUGUUGGCAGAUAAGAAAUCUCUGUAUCCCAAGUAUUACACUCUGCAGAAAUCCCUUAGUGUUGCCAGCAGUGAAAAAGAAAACACCUCACUGUUAACUAGAACAGCCAAUUUAGAAAAUACCGAUAAACCUGCUCAAGAGAAAGACAUAAGUGCAGUAAUGGAAGACACCAUGCCAGAAAGUGAAAAGUCCAGGCACACUGAAUUCAGUAAUGUAGUCUCAGAAAUUGAGGUGAAACAGCUGCAGAGAGAGGAUACAGCAAAAGGAAUUGAGAGACAUUUUCCGGAAGGCAAAAGCAUUAUAUGUCCAUGGGAAGCUGAGACGGACCCAUCACGACCACUAGAAAGCAGAGAUAGGAAGGAUGUAAUACCCGCUCCUAUCAGGAGCAUCAGUAUCAACAUUCCUGAUUUGCCUGAGAGAAGACCCCACACCAUUAAGAAGGUACCACCUGAACCACCCAUCAGGCAACAAAGUUUGAUUCACAACAUUGAAAGAUGUGUAGCUCGGUGGGAUGCUUACAAUCAGAAGGAACAUCCUUCUCAGUCUCCUGAAAAAGGACCCCCAAAUAUUCCAGUGUUAGUAAACACAUAUCUAACAGAAACAGAAGAGGGUUCUUCAUUAAAACCUGACAUGGAAAAGACUACGCAAGGAGAAGAUAAGGUGCCAUCUUCUUCUCGAGUGGAAUUAACCAGGCUAGCCUCCUUUGCUGCCGACGUUUGCCCUUGGGAGGUUAUGGAAAUGCCCAUUCCAAGCAAGAAAGACCUAGAGGUGAGCGAUUCAGGUAAUCAAAACAGCUCUCCUGAGAAACAAUCACAAACUAUCAUUCCCAAAAGCUCCAUAAAAAGCUUAGGUAUAGCCAUUAAAGCAUUCAACCAUUCAAAGUUAAAGGGAAGCAUAAGUUCCAGAAAGAACAGUGAGAGCAGCGAAGCCAAAAAUGAGAAAGACAUCAGUGGAAAGCCCAAGUUGGCAGAAACAGCUUUAAUCCCUGCUGAAAGAUCAUCAAGACAAGAAGUACCCUCUAGGAGUCCUGAAUAUAGCAGGGCAAAGCAAAUCAGCAAACAAGCAACUAUCUGCCCUUGGGAUGAGGAAGAAGAAGCUUCUCCUAGCUCACAUAAAAAUAAUUUAAAUAGAAACCUUGAGUUAUGCCCUUGGGAGAUGAAGGAAGAUAUUGAGGAUAGAGUGUGUAAUCUACCAGCAACAGUUUCCAAAGGUGCUAAGGAGAUCUCCCCUGACAGAUUGGAAAAGACCAAGAACCAAUGGGGAUCUAUGUGUCUCAGAGAGGGACUAGAGGAUGAAAACAGAGAGAAUAAAACUUCCGACCUCUUGUCAUUGGUUUCAAAAACAGACAGGAAGGCUGAAAUUUGUCCCUGGGAAAUCAGUGAACCAAAACUAAAAAUUGAAGUAAGUCCCCGGGAAAACAAUGAUCCCUCAACAUCAGAAAGCAGGCUUAAAGGGAAUGUAACUGAGGUUUCCAGAGAUGAGAAAAAAGGAACUGGAGAAGAAGCAUUUGUGAAAGAGAACAAUCAGAAUAGGGAAUCUAUUUGUCCAUGGGAGAACAUAGUCGGGGAAGAUGUAUUGAUCAAGUCUACAUCCAGGACCCUCAGUCUUUCCAAACUCACCUCAGGGAGUUCAGAAAGCCUGGAAAACCGAAAGACAACAGUUUGCCCCUGGGAAGCUGAAGGCACUGAAACUGCUAAUAAAGCAGAAAUCUGUCCCUGGGAAAUGUUGGCGCCUUCCAAUCAGGAUACAGAAAGAGCAACCAAGAAGGCUGUAGCCAUUGGAUCUAAGUCUCCAGAAAAGGCACAUAGCUCACAAGAGACAAGUAAUCUUUGUGAAAUCUUGAAUGCUGGUCAAUUGUCAUCUGAGUCAAAUGUUAAAGGCCUAAGCUCCCCCAGAUCUGGCAGUGCAGAAAACAUAUUGGCAGAAGUAUGUCCUUGGGAAAGUGUGGAUAGUCCUAAGAUUAUUUUACAGAAAGAAACAAGUCCUUAUAAAAUGUUAGAAAAGGUAAGCAGUCUCCAGGAAGCUGUCUGCCCAUGGGAGAGUGUUGAUCCCAGUAUACCUUCCAAAAUCCCUUCAAAUAACUUUGAUAGCACAGAAAACUUAAAGGCAGAAGUCUGUCCUUGGGAAAUGACCAAAGAAAAUGUUUCCAAAGCAGAUGAGGGCUGCAAAAGUACUUCUCCAGUGAGUUUCUCCAAAACAACUGCAAAUCUGAGCAAUUUACAGGAAGAUGUCUGUCCAUGGGAUAGCAGAGAGCUUCAGCAACUUUCACCAAGAUCUGGUGACCAAAGUCUGCCUCCGUACGAUAGUGGCUUAAAGAAAUCUGAUAGUAUUAAAAGUGUAAAGGUAGAUGUUUGCCCAUGGGAAACCUCAGAAGAGGUGAAGAUAUCUCCAUGGACUGAAGCCAUGCGCUCAUUAAAAACAAAAAAGCAAGUCUCAGCUGUGCUUUGCAAAGAGAAGGAAGGCAAUGCACUUAAAAGUCCAAGCUCCAAUAAAGCUUGGAGAGAAGCAGCAUUUAAAAAAAUUAAGCUAUCAAGAAGUAAUCAAGGAUCUAUUUUUCCCUCAGGAAGUAUGAUCACUGAAGAACCAACUACAAAAAGCAGUCAAAAUCCACAUCUAUUGCAAGUUAGUUCUAAAAAUACUGGAAGUGUUGAGGGUGUGAAGGCAGAGAUUUGUCCGUGGGAUUUCCAGGAGCAUCAGACAGAUGCUAAGAUUGAAGGACCACCAGAUGAAAGUACCUUUAGAAAGGAGUCAGACCAGAUUUUCAAUUAUAAAACAGAUACAAAACCUUUAAUAAGGCAGAUAAAGAGACAAGAGGAAGUAAGCAGCCCACAAGAAUCUAUUUGUCCUUGGGAGAGCAUGGCACAAAGAAGCAGCCAAAGCCCAACAUUGGCCAAAGAUGGUUCAAUGAAAUCAGAGAAUGCUGAAAGAGCAGAGAUAUGUCCUUGGGAAGUUGAGGAUGAGGAAUCCAGUGGCAAGACUGAUCUCAUGGAAACAGAGCCUACAUCUAGCAGUAAUACAAUAGUAACACAGGAUAUCAGUGGAGUUUCAAAAUGCAAUAUGCUGACAAGCCCAAGCUUAAAGAAAGUCUGGAUAGAUAUGUCAGCUAAAGUAUUCAAGUCACAUAGUCAGCAAGCUACAAUUUCUUCCCAGAAAAAUAUUGACACACUCUCAUUAACACCCAACAGUAAAAGCUUAGACCUGUCCAUCAAACCUGACAAUACUAAAAGCCUAAAAACAGAAUUUGGGGAAAUGCAGGCGGCUGGAGCUACUAUGAAAGCUGAAGUAUGUCCCUGGGAAGUUACUGAAGCUCCACUGGAGAAGGAGACCUCAAGGGAAGCUUCCAAAGAGAAUGUGAAAACAGAUUCAAGAAGCUCUGUUGAAACACAGGAAACUCUGGAGGAAAGUAGCAAUUCUCUACAGUCUGAUUUAAAUGCUGCAGGCAUCGAGGUAGCCAGCACUUCUUCAAAGACGUUUGUUGGUUCAGAAAAUAUGGAGACCUCCCUUCAAGAAGCCAAACAGUCAGAGACAUUCAGUAAGAGAGAGAUUUGUCCAUGGGAAGCAGAAACAGAGGUACCAGCAAACACUGGGGAAAUAACCCAAAGCGCGCACAUGGCUGGGCACAUGUCUUUGAGCCACAGUCUUCCAAGGGCACAGUCUGAAGGUACAAACAAGAUCCUUUCAUCAGGAAGCAGAGAGGACAUUUUCAUAGACAACACUUUCUCUUCGGAAGCAGAGAAAGAUUCUACACUGACCAAAACUUACUCUGCAAAAAAUGAAAAAGGCUCGGAAGCCUGCUUAGGAGAGACAGAAGAAGUCAGUUCUGUGCCUGCUGUGGUAGCCCAAAGCAAAACAGAGGAGAAACCAGAGGCUCAGGAAGCAGAAGAUCCUAGCAAAAUCACAUCAAGUAUCUGUCCUUGGGAUUUCAAUUGA